GCGCGUAUCUUCCUUGUGCAUAACCUUCUACCCCAGGCAUCUCCAAUUUCCAUUAACGGCCAUUGUUUAAGUGGUGAACAUAGCACAAUAUCGGCUCAACUGCAGGCUUCCAUAGCAUCCUACUAGCUCCAUCGGACAGGAUGGCGAGGCAGAGGCAGUUGUCUGCACAGCAGAUUUCUGAGCACAAGACGCCCGACAACUGCUGGAUUGUGGUAGACAACCAGGUGUGGGAUGUGACGGAUUUCCUGGAAGAGCAUCCGGGAGGAUCGUCAAUUAUCCUGAAGUACGCCGGACGCGAUGCCACCAAAGCAUACUCUGAAGUUCAUGCUCCCAGUGUCAUCAAGACACACCUAUCACCAGAGCGAAAUAUGGGAGUGCUGGAUGAAGCGACAAUCAAUGAGGACUGGUUGAAGCAACCGCCCACUCAGAACCCGCCCUUGCUUCUGGAGCAGGAAAAGCCACCGCUAGACACCCUGAUAAACUCCCAUGAUUUCGAACUAGUCGCAUCGAAAACUGCCAGUAAGAAGACAUGGGCGUUCUAUUCCAGUGCUUCAACAGACCUGAUUACGAGGGAUGCGAACAAGCUGUGCUUCGACCGUAUAUGGCUCCGACCGAGAAUCCUAAAGAAUGUGCGAUCAGUCGACACGAAGACCAAGCUGCUUGGCGUCAAUACCGAGCUUCCGCUCUUCGUUAGCCCGGCAGCAAUGGCGAAGCUCAUCCAUCCAGACGGCGAGUUGGGAAUUGCAAAAGCUUGUGAGAACAAAGGCAUCUUUCAAGGGGUCUCCAAUAACUCUUCCUAUCCCCUAGAUGAGCUGCGUAGUGCUGCACCAUCAGUAAAUAUGUUCUUUCAGCUGUACGUGAACCGCGACCGUGCAAAGUCCGCUGCUCUCCUUCGCCAAUGCUCCGCCAAUCCCAACGUCAAAGCUAUCUUCAUUACGGUGGAUGCCGCCUGGCCUGGGAAGCGGGAGGCAGAUGAGCGUGUAAAAGCCGACGAAACACUAUCGGUCCCGAUGGCGCCAUCCAAAGCAAAGAAUGACAAGAAAGGUGGCGGUCUGGGACGAGUAAUGGCAGGUUUCAUUGAUGCCGGACUGACCUGGGAGGAUUUGGCGUGGGUGCGGCAGCAUACACAUUUGCCCGUAUGCCUGAAAGGUGUGAUGUCCGCUGAUGAUGCGAUUCUUGCUAUGGAAGCCGGCCUCGACGGUAUCUUGUUGAGCAACCAUGGCGGGCGAAAUCUCGAUACCAGCCCACCUUCCAUUGUCACUCUUUUGGAGCUACACAAGCGGUGCCCGGAGAUAUUCAAUCGGAUGGAGAUCUACGUCGAUGGUGGUAUUCGGCGGGGAACCGACAUUCUUAAAGCAGUGUGUCUGGGCGCAACAGCGGUUGGAAUGGGACGCAGCAUGCUGUUUGCAACUAACUAUGGCCAGGAGGGUGUGGAGCAUUUGAUUGACAUCAUGAGAGACGAGCUCGAGACAGCUAUGCGCAAUGUAGGAAUUACUAGCCUCGACGAGGCUGGUCCCCACCUAGUCAACACAGGAGAUAUAGAUCACCUGGUCCCCAGCUCAGCCACCCAUCCAUACGCACGAAUGGUAGCCAAAGGACGACGUCCAAUCGGACCAAAGCUAUGAUAUGAAUAA